AUGGCGUUGCGGGGAGCCGCGGGGCCCUCGCUGCCGGCGCAGCCCGACCGAGCGGAGCCCUGCGGGGACUUCGGGCCGGGUGAGGAAGGGGUCCGGGGCAGGAGGGCAUUUCGGCUCUUGUGAGGUUUUAGACGCAGUGAGCGGGGAAGGCUGGCUUGGACGAGGCGUCUCAAAACACCUGGAUAAGAAUACUGUAUAUUAGUGUAUCUUGUAUAUAUAAGAAUAUAUAUAUUCUAGUAUAUAUUUAAAUAUUUAAUAUUUAAAUAUUAUAUAUGUGUAUGUGUGUGUGAUGUACGUAUAAGUAUAUAUAUUAUCGUAUGUCUGUGUGUGUGUGUAUAUAUUUAAAUAUUUAAUAUUUAAAUAUUAUAUAUGUGUGUGUGUGUGUGAUGUACGUAUAAGUAUAUAUAUUAUCGUAUGUCUGUGUGUGUGUGUGUAGAGAGAGAGAGUGGUACCUCUGGUUACGUACUUAAUUCAUUCUGGAGGUCUGUUCUUAACCUGAAACUUUUCUUAACCUGAAGCACUACUUUAGCUAAUGGAGCCUCCUCCUGCUGCUGCUGCACCGCCAGAGCACGAUUUCUGUUCUCAUCCUGAAGCAAAGUUCUUAACCCGAAGCAGUAUUUCUGGGUUAGCGGAGUCUGUAACCUGAAGCGUAUGUAACCCGAAGUACCACUAUAUGUGUGUGUGUGUGUGUGUGUGUGUGUGUAUAUAUAUAUAUAAACACUCCGCCUUUUUUCCUGACAGGGUUCAAGGCAGUUUACAGGUUAAAAAAAACCAAGAAUCACGAAUGCAAUACUACUAAGUGCAAUAUUACUAUAAUAAUUCUACCAAUGUUUAAUGUUUUGUUAAAGGUUGUUGCCCUCCGCCCCACCCCCAGUUUUUUGUUUUUUUUAGCUGUUCUUAUUUUCAAUCUGUAAGCCCAGGUUUUGAGGAAGAUGCAUUUUUGCAUUGCUUAGCAAAUUAUUACUUGAUGCUUAAUUGUUUAUUAUAAUCCUCUGAAGUAAACCAUUAAUACCAGGAGUCUUACACUUUUUCACUAUGUGAAAUAAUGCUGUUGGGUUUUGAAGGUUUUCCAUCUUCUCCAUAGUUAAAUGAGGAAAUUUAAUUUUCUGCAGAUUUCCUUUGAUCUUAUUUUUUGCUGAACUGUCAGAAGUGUAAAAGUUGUAGGAAUCACAAAAGAUAUUGGCAACUGUUACUAUUUUCAGUUACACCUUUAACUGUGUAGCUAUGCUAUUUAUGUUUUUCUUAAUUGUAGGACUAAUAAUUUAUCAGGUAUGUUUCCUUUCACAACUGCAGAGCAAUUAAGUAUUUUCAGUCGUUUCCUGGUUGCCUCAAGUCUUUUGUGAACAGGUUGCGUUAUGUAGUUGCUCCCAAUUUUUAAUUUUGACUUAUAAGCACUAUAGUUCUCUUUUUAAAAAUAAAUAAAAAAUAAAUGAGGACUUUUGAAUAAAUAUACCGUAUUUUUCACCCUAUAAGAUGCACUUUUCCCCCUCCAAAAAUGAAGGGGAAAUCUGUGUGCGUCCUAUGGGGCGAAUACAGGCUUUCGCUGAAGCUUGGAGAGCGAGAGGGGUCGGGGCGCACCGACCCUCUCGCCUCUCAGGCUUCAGGAAGCUAGUCGCAAGCCUGGGGAGCCCGCGGGAGUUCCCACAGGGCUCCCUAGGCUGCGGAUAGCAGCCUGCUGCACGGAGCGCGGGGCGUGCUGAAGCAAGAGUGCCCCGCGCUUCGGUCAGACAUCGGCCAGCUCCACAAGCUCGGGGGACAGCGGGGAGGUGCAGCGCCGCCAUCCUGCUGUUCCCCGACCUAGUUUUUGGGGGGAAAUAAAAGGGGAAAAUUUUUCCUUUAUUUCCCCCCCCAAAAAACUAGGUGCGUCCUAUGGGACGGAGCGUCCUAUGGGACGAAAAAUACGGUACUUCCAUCUAACUGUUGCCUCAUGAGCAGCGCAACCUGAUCUGCUGUUGAGCCAUUAUUUAAUUGAAAAUGCUUAUCCUGUUCAACUGUGUUAAGAAAUUUAAUCGCCACAAUAUUUGAGAUGCUUAUCUAUAUUCCGUCUAGACAUUCAGUUUUGUAUCAGUGAUGUAUUUCAAAACAAUUGUUAGCUAUCAAAUAUAUAAUUUGGAUAGUUUAGCCUAAAUGUAAAUGAAAAACUGUUAACUGUUUAGUUGUAGGGCCAGCGUUGCCACCAGACUACUAUAGUAGUUCCGAAAUACAUGGUUGUGACAAAAAAUGCACUUCUCCUCCUGCACCGGGAGGAACAGUAUGGGAUUCUGAAGAUGACAAAGAUUCAAGUCCAACGCCCAGGUUAGUGCAUUAGUGUGAAUAUAGGAAAUUGCCUUGUAUUGAACCAUGGCCAUAAAGAGCUGUAAUUUCCCAGCUUUUUGGGGCUCGAGUGAACAUUAACACAAUCAUUUAACAUAUCGCAAUCAUUGGACAGACGUACAACCAUCAUGCAAUCACGGCAUUAGAUCAGAGCUUUCCAAACUUUUUCAUGUUAGUGACACGCUUUUCAAACAUGCAUCAUUUCACAACAUAGUAAUUCAGUUUUACUAGCAAACCGGCAAUUAAACCAGUCCCUUUCCAGUCCCAGGAGGAGCGCGGGGAGCGUUCGUGUAACACACCUACACAUUGCAGCUGACACACAAACGUGUCGCAACACACAGUUUGGAAAGCUCUGUAUUAGGUGGUAACGGUGUGUCGCAACUUCUUUUUUCAACUUCUGAACCUUUGGCAGGCAAAAGCUAUGGAGGAUUUACUUGUUUUGUUUAAAACUGCGCUUCUCAAAAAAAGUUACAGAUUUCCUACAGCUUCUUCAUUGUAUGAUAGUUAAAUAAGAGAAUCUUUGGGGGCUGGUCACAAUCUAAGGCAUUAAGGCUAUAAUAAAUCAUAAAGUAAAACAAUUCAGAAUAAAACAUUACUGAAGAAAGUCAAAAGUAUAUAUUCAAAGCAACAUAAUUAACAGGAAACUAAAAUAUCAUCUUAAAGGUUUCAAAAUAAAACAUUACAAAGGAGGUCAACUACAGAAUGCACAUUUAACACAGCAAAGUAACAGAAAAAAGUUAUCUUAAACAUUUCAAAAAAAUUUACUAAAGGAAGACAAGUAUGAAAUGCAAAUUUAAAGCUAUUUAAAAUUAUCAAUAUAAUAAUAAUAUUAUUAAUAAAAAAUCAUAAACAUAUCUGAUACUGUUGAGGACCAAUCCUGCCAAUGGUGCUUCAUGGUGAGCAGUGGCUGUAGGAGCUCAGGCUUGAUGACCAGGGUCUGCACUGACAGCCAAGGUGGUCUGGUCUUUUCAGCAGCCUCAGCUUUUGUAGUUGGAGUCAGUCAGGGCCCUGCCCUGUCCUCCCAGGCCAGGUGGAAAAAGGCUUGCAAGGCAUAGAGCAGGUCUCGCAGCCAUGAUGGUCUGUUACAUAAAUGAUUUUAUUUACCAUAUUUUUCGCUGUAUAGGACGCACCCGACCAUAGGACGCCCCUUGUUUUAGAGGGGGAACAAUAAAAAAAUAUAUAUAACCCCCUCUGCUCAGCGCCCCUUCAGCGAAGCGGCAGGAGAAACGGAGCCCCUUCCAUUUCUCCUCCCGCUUUGCUGAAGGGGCACUGCGCAGCUCUCCCGGCUUUAGCAAAAGGAACCUGAAGCUCUCCCGGCUUUAGCAAAAGGAACCUGAAGUCUUUGGAGCGCAGCACGAGUUCCCGCUGCGCUCCACAGGCUUCAGGGAUAGCCUUCGAAGUGCAGCGGGAACUCACGGUGGAGCAACAGGACUUUCUCCGCAAAAAAGCUCGCGAAUGCCUCACAGCUGUGGCAUUCAUGUUGCUAUCGCUGAAGCCAAGGAGCCUGCAUUCGCUCCAUAGGACGCACACACAUUUCCCCUUCAUUUUUGGAGGGGGAAAAGUGCGUCCUAUAGAGCAAAAAAUACAGUAGUAUUAAAAUUGAAAAAACUUUUGUUUUAUUAAGGCACAGAAAAAUGUAUAUACCGAUCGAAGCAUAUAAGUUUUAAAAUUAAUACGGAUAUGCAGGACAUCAUGGAUAUGCUCACCAUUGGCAAAUGAAAUUUUUAAUCUGCUAAGAACCCCCACCGUUCUAGAGAAGGUUAAAGAGAGUCUCAGAGAGGCAUUGAAAGCAGUCAGAUCUUGUUCCUUUCCCAGUCAUUUCCAGACUCCCCUCAGCUAGGGUGGUGGGUGGCAAUUUGCCUUUGCAUUUAUGCUGGACUGCCAAAGUUUGUUGAAUUCAUGCACACUGAUGUAAAAGGUAAAGGACCCCUGGACGAUUAAGUCCAGUCAAAGGUGACUAUGGGGUACGGCGCUCAUCGCGCUUUAAAGCUGAGGGAGCCGGCGUUUGUCCACAGACAGCUUCCAGGUCAUGUGGCCAGCAUGACUAAACUGCUUCUGGCGCAAUGGGACACUGUGACAUAAAUCAGAGCGCAUGGAAACGCUGUUUACCUUCCCGUCGUAGAUAUACCUAUUUAUCUACUUGCACUGGCAUGCUUUCGAACUGCUAGGUUGGCAGGAGCUGUGACAGAGCAACAGGAGCUCACCCUGUUGCACAGUUUCAAACCGCCAACCUUCCAAUCAGCAAGCCCAAGAGGCUCAGUGGUUUGGACCACAUACUUUUACACUGAUGUAACUCUGCUGUUCACUUGGGAGUAUGGCUUACUAUAUAGGCGAGCCAUUUAUAUUAUCAAAGUUGCUCUGAACUAAUAGCUUUCCAGUGCUGUUACCAUGGACACAGAGGACACAUACAGGAUAUGAGAUGCAGUUCUUGAAAUAAUUUCAGGCUUUUCUUUUCAAAGUGUAGGUAAUUACUGUUCACAUUUUAGUAAAUUAAGUGCUUUCAUUAUAUUUGCAGAAAACACAGACGCUAUCAGGAAGAUGACGAUGAUGGAUUCUUUGGACCCGCUCUUCCUCCUGGCUUUAAAAAACCAGAUGAAUCCCCAGAAAGGUAAAUAUCCCCCCAAGAAUCCACAGUGCCUGAAAGACAGUUUGCUCUUCCUGUUCAGAAUCAGACUUUAGUGAGUUAGCAGAACGCUUUAUGACCUCUGUGUUUCUGUAUGUAAAACAACAACAACACCCCAAUCAGCAACUAAAGUGCUGAAAACAGACUUGAGAUUGGUUACUCCAGGAAAUGGCUUGUCAGGAAACAGACUUGCCAUUGGAAAGGUCUUCAAAGGUAAUCUCAUCCAACUUGGUGAUGCAGAAAUUUCAUGGCUGCACCCUCCCUGACAGGUGGCCGUCCAGCGUCCUCUUUCAAACUUUCUGCAAAGAAGGGACCACCACCUUUGAAAGUAGUUUGUUCCAUUGUUGAAUAUCUUGUGCUAUCGGGAAGUUUUUCCUAUGGUUUACUUGAAAUCCCCCCCUCUUUAACAAUUUGAACCCAUUGGUUUGAGUCCUGCUCUCUGGAACAACAGGGUCCAAAUUACUCUCAAGUUACUCUCAUCAUUCUAGCCUUUCAAAUAUUUAUAGAUUGCUAUCAGAAUUGCAGAGAAUAGUUGUGUCAAAUGGAUAGGAGGAAUUUGGAAUCGUAAAGACUCUGAGUGAGUAGCGCUUGCCACCACAAGCUCUUUGUUGAUAACGCCAAAAUCAGAAGAGAAAAUGUUUUUAGGACCAUUAUUAAGUGUACUUUGUACAUUGUAGCAACUUUCAUUAUUUCUCUGCUUUGGAAUAUGACUUUAAAUUAAAAUGUAAAAUGAUUUUUUCCCUCUUCACGAGGCCUGUUAUAGGUCCUGCCUUACCACCUGGCUUUAAGAAACCAUCAGAAGCUGCUGAAGAAAACAUAUAUUAUGCAACCCAGGUGUGUAGAAACAAUAAUCCUGAAACAACAGAUCCUGCUUUUUAUUUGUGGAGUAUGUUUGGAACAAUGCACACACAGACACACACACACACACACACACACACACACGCAUAUACGUACACACUCAAAACCUAACCCCCAUUUAUUCAUCUGACAAGGUUACAUAUAUGUUAACUCUGUAACACUUUGAUUUGCAAAUGCCUUGCUUGUUGAGUAAAGUUAUAUACACAAAAUUUGAAACACAAAGGAGCAGGUAAAAUAGAAGUUUCACAAGCUUUAAGAUGCCACAGGUUCUUCAUUCUCUUAAAUGUAAAAUUUCCUGGAAACGAAAAUAUGUGGCAGAUGAAAAUAUUUUUCGCUCUAUAAGACGCACCAGACCACAAGACGCACCUAGUUUUUGGAGGAGGAAAACAAGGGGGAAAAAAUUCUGAAUCUCAGAAGCCAGAACAGCAAGAGGGAUCGCUGUGCAGUGAAAGCAGCAAUCCCUCUUGCUGUUCUGGCUUCUGGGAUAGCUGCGCAGCCUGCAUUCGCUCCAUAAGACACACACACAUUUCCCCUUACUUUUUAGGAGGGAAAAAGUGAGUCUUAUGGAGCAAAAAAUACGGUAUAUGGUAAGAAAGAUAGUUGUCUCUAGUUCCAUUCAGAUUAUAUCAUGGCUUUAUAAAGAAGAAAAUGGAUGUUAUUCCUUUCCCUUACUUACUUUGCAGCACAGACUGCAAUAGAGCACUGCUCCCCCCUGAGCCCAGCUCAUGACUGGUGUGUGCUUUUCCUUCCCACCCAAGUAAAGGAUGAAGAUCAGGAACUCUGAGACCAACACACCCUGUGUUACCCAGAGUGCAAAGGCAGCUUACGCUCCCCAAAUCCCUCCCAGAUCUCAGAAGAACAUGUCAAUCUCUUACCACUCAGAACCUAAACUUUCAGUAGCAAGAACUCCAAGAACUGUCUAGGCACAUGGAAAUUCUGGAAUCCCGAGGUUGGCAAGUGCGCGCACACACACCUGUGGUCAAAUUAUGAAACCAUAUUAGAAAUAAAAGUUAGGGGGAAAGCAGGCAAAGGUAAGGUAAAGGUAAAGGGACCCCUGACCAUUAGGUCCAGUCGUGACCGACUCUGGGGUUGCGGCGCUCAUCUCGCUUUAUUGGCUAAGGGAGCCGGCAUUUGUCCGCAGACAGCUUCUGGGUCAUGUGGCCAGCAUGACUAAGCUGCUUCUGGCGAACCAGAGCUGCGCACGGAAACGCCGUUUACCUUCCCGCUGGAGCGGUACCUAUUUAUCUACUUGCACUUUGACGUGCUUUUGAACUACUAGGUUGGCAGGAGCUGGGACCGAGCGACGGGAGCUCACCCCAUUGCGGGGAUUUGAACCUCCGACCUUCUGAUCGGCAAGUCCUAGGCUCUGUGGUUUAACCCACAGCGCCCAAAAGGUUAAAACAAAAUACAAAAUAAACCAGAGCACUGUGGCUCUAAAACUGGCUAAUCUUCGCCUUUCCACUGCAAUGUAAUACUUCUAGUCUAUGAGUAGGCAGUGAGAAUGUUCAGCUUCCCAGUGGUAUGCAAGACCCAGUGUGGAUUCUGAUGCAAGAGCAACUUAGCUAUUUAAAGCCUCUCCCCUGUCUUUUGAGGGAGCGACCCCACACACUUUCUGACUGAUGAGGAGCUGUGGUGGCAUAGGUAGACAUCUUAAGCACCCUUCUUUCAUUCAAGAAACCUAGAGGAAGAUACGUCACAGCAUGACUUAGAGGAAUGGUGGGGGCAAGAGAUUCUUGCUUCACACCUUGGUUGUCAGAACGCUACAUACAGGCAGAGCAAUAUCAGCCUGGAGAAGAACCGUGUUUGGGGUUUUGCUAUGGGUAGCUGUACUUCAAGAAAGAUCUGUGGAGUUUGUAAACUUGGAUAACUUUUAAAGAGUGUGUGUGCAAUUCUGUUUGGUAGGUUUUAAAGCGAGAUGAGCGCCGCAACCCCAGAGUCGGUCACGACUGGACCUAAUGGUCAGGGGUCCCUUUACCUUUACCUACCUACCUACCUAUCUAUUUAUUUAUUUAUUUAUUUAUUUAUUUCACCUCACCCGUCUGGCUGGGCCUCCCCUGCCACUCUGGGCAGCUUCCAACAGAAUAUUAAAAACACAAUAAAACAUCACACAUAAAACACUUCCCUAAACAGGGCUGCCUUCAGAUAUCUCCUAAAAGUCAGAUAGUUGUUUAUUUCCUUGACAUCUGACGGGAGGGCAUUCCACAGGGCGGGCGCCACCACCAAGAAGGCCCUCUGCCUGGUUCCCUGUAACCUCACUUCUCGGAGUGAGGGAAGCGCCAGAAGGCCCUCGGCGCUGGACCUCAGUGUAUAAAACUAUACUUAAAUUUACCACUCUACAACAUCUUCAAAGUAAUACACAGUGAAAUAAUGAAAUAUAAAACUGUUUAAGAAAAUAAAUAGCAAGAUUCAAACACCCUGUUCUGAAAGGAUUGGUGUUUCUGCUGAGUAGUGCUCUGUGACCCUGGAGGGUAGCAAGAAGGAAGUGUGUCUUUAACCUGCCCUGUGGAAAAACCAUUGCAAUGCUUUGAGACAAGGAUUUUGCUCCUACACAGUGGGUCACUAAGCUCUAGUGAUGUUACAGAUUCCACUAACCCGGAAGUAGUACCUCGGGUUAAGAACUUUGCUUCAGGAUGAGAACAGAAAUCGCACGGCAGUGGCACGGCAGCAGCGGGAGACCCCAUUAGCUAAAGUGGUACCUCAGGUUAAGAACAGUUUCAGGUUAAGAAUGGACCUCCAGAAAAAAGUAAGUUCUUAACCCGAGGUACCACUGUAAAAGAGCUCAGCAACUUGAACCCUAAAAAAAACUCCACAACUUUGGUGUAAAAUUGUAAAAAAAGCUCAACAACCUCCGUUGGCGCACACACAUGUUCACUUAUUCAAAUCUCGCCCUCUUUGAAAAAAGGUUGGGCACCCCUGCUGUAGGCCCAGAGAUGACUGGGGAGUCAGGAGAAGCAUAGCUUCAAAUGUUUAAAGAUGAAAUUUCUGUUCCUUACGAUUGCAGAAAGGAAACUAUGUCUUCUCCAGAAUUCAAAGCAGAUAUUGUGUUUUCCACAGCAGCUGCCUAAAAUUCCCUCAUACCUUGUAAACAGGUUUGUCUGCUGGUAUAUUCUUUAUUCCUUUCACUUGUGCAACACUUUUCAUUAAAAUAAUAAUAACGAAGAAGAUUUAGCUAAAACCCAUACAUUUGGUUUUUAAACAAAUACGCAAAUUGAGCUACUUAGAGUAAUUCAUCAUUUUGCCACAUCUUGGUUUCUGGUAAAGAGUGUUACAUUGGCCUUAGGCAAAAUACAUGGUAAGUGAGAGAUGUAAGGAAUGUAUUAAGUAGACGAACAAGAUACAAAAUAAGUAUGUUUAUUUUGAGAAAUACAGGGUUGAUGGAAUUCAUUUGUAUUUCAUGUUGUAAUAAAGACUACGGAUAGCAGCGAAGAGGAGGAAGACAUGAUUGGCCCAAUGCCUGCCAAAGGACCAGUAGAAUCCAACACAACUAGAGAGAUUGAAUGUCGAGCUCAGAGAAUGAAAGAUAAACUUCUCGGUAAAGAUGUGAGUUUAAUUCCUGAUUGUUUUAUUUUUAAGCCUUGUCAGCUUUAGGCGUGCUUCUAAUUUUGUUGGUCUACUGUUUAAAGGAUGGACCCAAACAAGCUAAAAGAGAAUCUUGGAUGACGGAUCUACCACCAGAACUCAAAAGCUUUGGACUCGGUCCACGGACAUUCAAAAGAAGAGCUGAUGAGAAAUCGGGAGAUAGAUCCAUUUGGACUGAUACCCCGGCCGACAAAGAAAAGAAAGCCCAGGUAAGCCUUUGUUUGCCCACAUGUCCUCCUAUAUACACACCACUCUGGUGUACACAUGGGACUCUUUGCUUGUGUGAGGGCAUCUUUAGUCACAAAGAGACAGCUGUGCAGUUGGAGGAGCUGCAUGUGCAUAUUGCUUUGGAACCAUUCUGCUUCGUAAAGCAGAACAUUUAAUUAGGCUCAGGGCCUCGGAUGCUGGUCUUGCCAGCAUUGCCGAGGUAGCAGCUGCUAUUAGCAGUGCAGUUUCAGUACAGGGGGAAGCCAAGCAAGGGGCUUUUGAGGGACAGGAAAGGCGGCUGGGUUGCAGUAGAAGGAUUUUGUCUUGCUUUUAGACACAUCCAGUUUUGCCCCUGCGAAAGGCUGAGCUGGAUGAAUCCCUAGCCGGAAUUAAGAUUGCUGGAAGAAAUAUCAACAACCUCAGAUAGGCAGAUGACACAACCUUGAUGGCAGAAAGUGAGGAGGAAUUAAGGAACCCUUUAUUGAGGGUGAAAGAGGAGAGCACAAAAUAUGGUCUGAAGCUCAACAUCAAAAAACGAAGAUCAUGGCCACUGGUCCCAUCACCUCCUGGCAAAUAGAAGUGGAAGAAAUGGAGAUGUUGGGAAAGGUGGGAGGGCACAAGGAGAAGGGGAUGGCAGAGGACGAGAUGGUUGGAUAAUGUUCUCGAAGCUACCAGCAUGAGUUUGACCAAACUGCAGGAGGCAGUGGAAGACAGAAGUGCCUGGUGUGCUCUGGUCCAGGGGGUCACGAAGAGUCGGACACGACUAAACGACUAAACAACAACAAGUUUUGCCCUGCUUGCCUUACCCACGGUACCACGGUAGCUGUUGUGAAAUAAGUCCUCGGCUUGGGUCGCAUUUGCUACGAGAUGCAACUGUAACAUGGCUGCUCUCACAGAACAUGCCCCCAAGAGUCCUGUGCUUUGUUCUCAGUGCUAUGUGGGGAGUCCAAUGUGGUGUGUCCACUCUGCUUCUUUGCCAGCCUGACCAGAUGUAAACAAAGUUGGUCUGGAAGCGGCACGGAACAGUAGCAGCCGGGUGUCUUGACAUUGCCACACUCCUAGCUGUUCUUUAAGCUACAGAGGCUGGAGAGAGCGGAAUGGAGGAAUGGAGGAAAGGAGGAGGGACAGAGGCUGAACAUGAGUCAUUUGUCUGGGCUAAAUAAGCCCAGUGGUGAGCCAGAAACCCGGCAGCCUUUCCAGGAUUGCAGAAGGAGCGAGGAGGAUUGAUGGACUAGGGAGAAUUGCAGUGUGAGCAUUUGCACUCUAGAUGACACUCCAGUAUAGUAUUACGUGAAAGGGUGUGGGGUAAACAAGCGUAACAGAAAAAGCAACAUCAGAGAUAAGAAAAAUGCCAGCGGCCCUAUGAUGAGCAAGGCUUCUUGCCUCCUGAAGUAUGAAUAGAAAAUGGAACCUUGGCACCCCCUUAUUCUGAAACGAGAGAGCUGGGGCUUGCAGCAGUCUGAGAGUUUUAAAUGGGAGAAGUAUCCCAACCUGUUAAUCUAGAUUGGGUGCUCUGCACUUAUACAGUGAACAUGCCUGAAAAGCACGGCUGGUAAUUUCCUUGCAUUAAGAAGCAGAUUUGUGCUCCAGACAGAUCGAUUUAAGUAUAGAUUGCCUUUGGUGCCUGCUAACCCGUUGUUUAUUUGUCAGGAAGCGCCAGAUGCGAAAAAGUCCAUCAGGAAGGAUGAUGCAGAAGUUCUCCUGUCCGAGAAAGACAAAAGACUGGUUGAGCAGUUGUCUUCAUACAAUGUAUGUAUCAUUUCACGUUUCCCCUCUUCCUUUUUUUCUUUAGGGACGUUUCUUUCAAUGGGAAUAUAUCUAAUACAACUUUGAUUAUGAGGUGGCAUAGAAAUGCCAUUUAUAAAUAGGUAGAGAAGGACCCUCAAUGAUCUUUUAUCCUUGUGUGGCCCUUAGAGGUUUGUUAGAAAUCCUUAUCAAACAGCUUGUAAAAAUACAACUUCUUUAAAGGGUGAUCUUGAAAUUGGAAUGGAAGAAAUGGCAAAGGAAGGAUUAACCUGACGUUCAUUUGGAUUCUUGGUACUUAUUUCCUUUGGUUCUACUUUUAAAAAUUUAUAAGUGCAAUGGUGUCCUAUACAUGUCUACUCAGGAGUAAGCCUCAGUUCACAGGGACAUCCUCCUAGGUGAGCGAGUGUAGGAUUGCAGCCCUUUGUUAAAAGGUCUCCAUUCUUAUCUCUACUUUUCUUCAGCCUGAAUAAUUAUUGUAAUCGUUUCCAGCUGAGUUGUUUUUUCUUCUUCUUAUCAAGGACUCCCAGAGAUCUGAAUCUCUUAUGGAUUUGCAUCAGAAAAAACUGAAGAGCAAAGCUGCUGAGGAGAAGAAGCCCCAGGAGAGGCGACCAUUUGACCGUGACCAAGAUCUCCAGGUCCAUCGCUUUGAUGAAGCGCAAAAGAGAGCUCUCCUAAAGAAAUCUAGAGACUUGGGCACUAGGUUUUCCCAUGGCAAAUGCAAUAUGUUUCUGUAA